AUGGGACUAGGAGGAGCCAAACCAUCAACAACACCUUUGGAAACUAAUGUCAAUUUAAAAACAACAGAAUUCGAUGAGUUAACAAAGAGAAAACGUGAUACAUUACUAGAAAAUGCUGGUUCUUAUCAAAGACUAAUUGGUAAGCUACUGUACUUAACCAUAACAAGGCCGGACAUCAGCUACACUGCAAAUACUGAGUCAAUUCAUGCAGCAGCCAAAAUAGUCUCACUGGGAAGCAGAAAUCAGAACUGGGCAGCUUGCCCAAAUACCAGAAGAUCUGUAACAGGUUAUUUAGUUAAAUUUGGGAGUUCAUUGGUGUCAUGGAAGUCCAAGAAACAACAGACAGUGUCAAGGAGUUCUGCAGAAGCAGAAUAUAAAAGUAUGGCUUCAGUAGUAGCUAAAGUUACAUGGUUGCUGGGAUUGUUUCAAGAGUUGGGAGUAAAAGUGACACAACCUGUGACAGUUAUGAGUGAUAGUAAAGCUGCUUUACAGAUUGCGUCUAAUCCAAUAUUUCAUGAAAGAACGAAGCAAAUUUAA